AUGGUUCGACCACCACCAUCAUCUCAAGAUGAUUCUUUUUCUACUGAUAAUACGAAUACUUCAUUUACAUCGUUUCUAAGUGAAUCAGUUGAAUUUACUGUAACAUCAAAUGCUAGUCCAUCACCACAUCGAACAACUAAUAAUCAAAAUGAAUUAUCACAACAUCGAUAUCCAUAUGUUGCACAAUAUUUGAAUAUUUAUUAUAAGAGAAGUCUUGAUCAAUCUGUAAGUUUAGUCUAAACUGAUUUUGUUUUUUCACAUUUUAAAAAUAU